UCUCCAUGAGACGCACGAAAGAAGGGGUCUCUUUAUGCGCGGGAGGCAUAUAAUAACCUCUGUCCAUCGCGAGAUGAGAUGGUAAACACACAGGUGGGGAAGCAAGCAUGGACCGGCUUUUGGGUCUCUUCUGUUUAUUGGAGGUCGGCUGUUGCAACCGGUCAGGACAUUAUCACGGAGUUUUUAUUUUCUCCUUUUUUUUUCUUUUUUUCCGUCUCGGGCGCAAGAAAAGGCGCGACGACAUUGGGCGCCAAAAGACGGUAAAAACGGGUCCGACAAUCCGUGCCUUCGCCGGCGUUGUAAGCGUUCAUGCAGGCGCUUUCUCCUUUUAUUAUUAUUUUCGGGAACGCUCUCCUACAGCGGAUGGGCAGCCAAAGGGGCAUGUACGGAUUACUUGGGAUAUAGAGACGCAGAGCACACUCGGUUAUACCAACAUGUUGAAGUGACUACGGGUCAGAGUAGCGAAUUCAAUGAGACAUCCUCUUGAAGCAAG